UGAAUGCCGGCCAUUCUCAACAUGAUGAUGAAGCCAGUCUUUCCACUUAAAAGUCAGAAGAGUGGAGUGUGACUUUGAGCAUAGCAUUAAUGGAAGAUUGGCUUGGAUGCUUCAAACCAUUAUUAAAAACUACUGGGUCCCCUUGAAGCCCUACUAUACCCAGGUUUACCAAGAGAUUUGGGUAGGAAUGGGGUUAAUGAGCUUCAUUGUUUAUAAAAUCAGGAGUGCUGAUAAAAGAAGUAAAGCUUUGAAAGGUUCAAGUCCUGCACCUGCUCAUGGUCAUCAUUAGCCAGCUUGCUUGAGUACAGAAUCGUCAGCCUGUAAAUCUAAGCAGGCUUUGUUAAAUGGGAACACGGAAUGUCGCCAUACCCUUAUAUAAGAACCACGUUCUACGUGGCAUGAAUAAAUGAUCUGUGAGAUGCACCACUAC